AUGAGCUCCGAUUCCGAUAGCGAUCUUCCUCCAGAAUUGCGCUAUUCCACGGAGGAAGUAAUGCGAGCAAAGGAAAGAAAUCCUGGCAUGUUUGUUAGCGCUUGGCAAGCUGACGAAGAGGAUAUCGACUACUGGUCAAAAAAGGAGCUAAAAAAGGACUCAAAGAAGCAAUUUAUUCUCGCUGGUCAGAAAGGCGACUUGGCCACUAUGCAACGCAUCCUCAAGACUGAAGUAGGGGAAAAUCUGGACGAGAAAAAAGCAGAGUUGGUGGAAUUUCUUUUCGCCCACGACAGCGAUGGCUACACAGCGUUACAUCGAGCUGUCUACUCGGGACAGUAUGACGCUGCGAAGUUUCUGCUUCAACUUGGCGCGAAAACGGAGACCCACACUGCCGAUGGAUGGCGACCACUGCACAGUGCCGCAUUUUGGAACCAGCUUGCUUGUGUACAGCUCCUUCUGGAAGCUGGAGCGGACAUCACAGCUGUGACAAGCAGUGGACAAACUGUUUUGCACCUUGCCUUGGCGAAUAACCAGACACCGGAGACGUUGGUCUACCUGCUGGCCGAAAUAUCUGCAAACAGGGACACAAUGCGCUUAUGGAAUUCACGCAACUCCGCUGGCGACACCCCUGUGGAGAUGCUUUUACGCAGCAGCCCCCUAGCCCCCUUCCUCCUGCAUUCAUUCAGCCCUGAGGCCACUCAACUUCGACCAGAACAAUAG